AUGAGAAUGGCUAGAAACCAAUUGCAAGCUUCAAGUAAUAUUCAAACAUCAGAUGAAGACUACAUAGAAAUGGAAGUAAGUUCAUCUUCCUCAAACUUCUUCUGUUAUUCCAUUAGCUCCAGUCCACCACAAACUAGAGAGUUUGAGUUCCAAAUGUCCUCAGCUCCUGACCAUGACAAACAGUCCACUACUUCUCCAGCUGAUGAGCUCUUUUACAAAGGAACACUCCUUCCUCUUCAUCUCCCACCUCGCUUGCAAAUGGUCCAAACCAUCCUUCAAACCUCAAACACUACCAAACUUGAUAACAAAACCCAACAAGCCAUUGAACAAAGCUUCACUCUUCCCUUCAUCAAAGGCUCUAGAACAGCUCCCUGCACUAACACAAGUACCCCAUUGGAUAGGUCCUGCAAUAUCUCACCCUCAGAGUCUUGCAGGGUCAGUAGUGAGCUAAACCCUGAUGAUUAUGUCUCUGAAUGGACGGAAGAAAUGAGUGUUUUCAUUGGUGAUGAUGCUUCAAAAAAAUCUAAUUGGUCCAAGAAGCUUAAGCAAAUAAAGCAGUCCAUUUUGAGUCAAAAGCUCAAGGCUUCAAGGGCAUAUGUUAAGUCCUUGUUUAGUAAGUCCACUUGUGCAGAUGAUGAGUACCCCUCAACCAAGUUAGCAAGCAAUGCAGAACAAGAAAAUGUCUCAAAAGUUAACAAGGAUUGCUUAAACAAGUACAGGAAGAUGGCAAAGAAGAACCCUUUUGGGAAAAUUGACAAUGGAAGAUAUCGGAUUUCAAGUACUACUCUCAUGAAGAGCAUUGAGAAAGAAAUGGCAGAGGAAAAUGCUAACAUUAGUCACAGGAAGUCAUUUUCUGGGGCAUUUCAACAACAUUCAAUGUGCUCAUCAACAACUUCCUCUGUGUCUUCUUCUUCAUCUUCCUCCUUUUCAUUUAGUGGCUUCUCAGAUUUACAACUGCUGAAGAGGAGCAUCAGUGCAAAUUCUGAAAUCGAGAGCUCAAUUGAAGGAGCCAUUGCUCACUGUAAACAGUCACAGGUGGGUGUGAAGAGACAGUUUGUUGGAAUCAAGAGACACCAGGAAAUUCCCAAUGCCACAUCCAAAGCCAUGAGAGAGACACACAUGAUUGCAUUAUAGGAUUGAGGAUUUGAGAUGGUUCCCACUACCAUUUUUCUUGCUUUUGUUUUAAAUUUGGACUUCAUUUAGUGAAGUAUGAUGUACAGGAAAGCACUGUUAGACUAAAAUCUUCAAUCAUUGGAGGAUUUACAGUUCAAAUCAGAAAGUC